UCUACAGAUACAAGGCACUCCGACGUCUCUGAUUACUGUCUGCUGUCCCUCGAAUAUAAUGUAUUUUAUCUUUGAAUAUUAUUCGUCUGAGCGCUUGGUUGUUUGAUGACAGCUACAAUGAACUUGGUAUCCUUGGGCCAUUCGUUACUUCUGGCGCAUCUGAUGGCUUGUGUGCGUGUAGUUAGCGAUCGUUUACAUGUUCGGCGCAGACAUGUUCCUUGUCUCAAGUUGGGCUCUCACGCGGCACGCAAAGCAAGACAAGGAAGCUUGGAAUUGGACGACGGGCUGGCUUUGUUUUCUUCUGUUGCCCUCCUUGUUUUCUUCAACAUUUGGCUCCCGAGCCCGCCGCCUGUGGUCUCCCUGCGCUGCCUUUCCCUUCCCGUAACCUUCUGUUCGUCUUGCCACGGCGCCCCCCACCGCUGCCGCCUUCUAUCGGCUCGACCGUGCUCUCGUCUUGGCUGGCGGGUCAUGGGUGAGGAGGUUCCAUCCAGUGUUGUAUGUAGCAUAAGGUCAGGCAGCCAAGGCAUGGUGCAAGGGCCAGCCGUUGGGUCGCCGUAGACGUUACGGUAUCAGAGGUAUCAAUCAUAAUGUCAGUGUCGAGAGUCCUUGUGUAUUGGGAGGGAUGGAUGUCACAAGCGAUGGCAUGUCGGACGCCGUGCUUUACCUGGCGGUUCAUGCCUCUUGGCCCAUU